ACCCGUCAUCCUCUCGGGGAAAGAGUCCCUUCGUCGCGAUCACUUCCGGCUUUCCAAGAUGGGUUCGCGGGCUUCUCUGCUCCUGCGACAGGAAGAAAUCGAGCAAAUACAGCGGGAAACUGGGUUCUCGCACAACCAGAUCACACGGCUGUACAGUCGGUUUACCAGCCUGGACAAGGGUCAGAAUGGGGCACUGAGUCGAGAGGACUUUCAGAGAAUUCCUGAGCUUGCCAUCAAUCCCCUUGGAGAGAGGGUUGUACAGUUGUUCUUUUUGGAAGGGGAGGAUGAGCAGGUGAACUUCCGUCAGUACAUGCGAACCUUGGCUCGGUUCCGACCCCUGGACCCCAAUCAGAAGAAUGACAAAGAUGGCGUAAAUAGCAGGGAGAAGAAACUGGAAUUUGCUUUCAGGAUGUAUGAUUUAGACCAAGACAACAGGAUCUCCAGAGAGGAACUUUUACAGGUUUUGCGCAUGAUGGUUGGGGUUAACAUCUCAGAGGAGCAGCUUGGCAGUAUUGCAGACAGGACCAUUCAAGAGGCAGACACAGAUGGAGACCAGCGCAUCUCAUUUGAGGAGUUUUCCAAAGCUAUGGAGAGAAGCGAAGUGGAACAAAAGAUGUCAGUGCGGUUUUUGGACUAGAGCAGGACAGCUAUCUCCAUUGACAGGAGAGUUGUAUUAGUGAUGACUUGCCAAAAGGUG